AUGACACCACCACAAAUUCAUCGUGGACAAGACCAUCAUCUUCCACCAUUUCUUUCACCACCACUUUCACAUGCUUCUCAACCACCUAUAGAAAAUAUAAAUUCAGGAUUUGAAGAACUUAAAAGUAUAGUACCAAGUUGUCGAGGAUGUGCAGAUUCUAAAGCUAUUAUAUUACGAAAAGCCGCACAUUAUAUUCAAGCACUUGAAGCACAAAUACAGAAAUUAAAACAGUCCAGUAGUGGAUCAACGACACCGAAUACAUCAGUUACGACGCCACCAUUAGUAUCACCAGUGAUGUCGGUAAAGUCCAUCCCUUCAGGUCAUAUACAUAUGCACGGAGGAGUAAAUGGGAAUUCAAUGUAUGCAAUAAAUGAAUUUAAUCAAAGAAUGGGAGAAGAAAAAAAAUUACAACAACAAUUAGAACAACAAAAAUUUAUGA